AUGGCAUUCUCAUCCAACGAUGAUGAACGGAAUUUAGAAAACAGGUUUGAAGAUUAUUUCGAAGAACAAAUCGAAGAAAUGUACAACACCAUGCUGGACUAUCAACCACCAGUACCGAGGAGACGAGCAUACAUAGAAAGAAACCGCGAGGAUGGGCACAACCGUUUAUGGAAUGAUUAUUUCAGUGCGGAGCCGACUUAUCCACCUGAGUAUUUUAGGCGCCGUUUCCGAAUGAACCGGUCAUUAUUCACGAGGAUUGUUAAUCGCUUCUCCAAUGAAGUUCCUUAUUUUCAGCAUAGAAGAGAUGCAGUAGGACGGUUUGGGCUAACUCCACUACAAAAGUGUACUGCGGCAAUUCGUAUGUUAGCUUAUGGUUGUGCGGGUGACAUGGUGGACGAAUAUCUCCGCAUGGGUGAGUCCACUGCCUUAUUGUGUUUGGAAAAAUUUACUCAAGGAAUCAUUGAUUUAUAUGGAGAUAAGUAUCUACGAAAACCCACACCUGAAGAUCUUCAACGACUACUUGAUAUCGGAGAGGUACGCGGUUUCCCUGGAAUGAUAGGAAGCAUUGACUGUACCUUAAACGAUAUUAACGUCCUUGAUCGGUCUCCGGUUUUUGAUGACAUAAUCUAUGGUCGAGUUCCAAGACUUAAGUUCACCGUCAACAGUCACACCUACCAUAGGGCCUACUACCUCACCGACGGUAUAUAUCCAAAGUGGCCUACCUUUAUCCAAUCCAUCUCUCUUCCUCAAGGUCCUGAGGCGAAGUUAUUUGCAGAACGUCAAGAAAGCGCCAGAAAAGAUGUCGAGCGUGCAUUUGGAGUCUUGCAAGCUCGUUUUGCAAUUGUUAGAAACCCGGCGCUUCUUUGGGACAAGGAGAAAAUCAGCAACAUUAUCAGAGCAUGUAUCAUACUACACAAUAUGAUAGUGGAAGACGAACGAGAUGGAUACACUUAUCAAUACGAUACAAAUAUGUGGUUAGAAGGAGAAAUAAGCAGAAGUUCAGAGGUGGAUUUAUCGUUCUCUACCGACAUGCCUACGAAUCUCGGUAAUAUAAUUCCCACUCAGGAGGAUCUUCGCGACCAAAGCAUACAUGAACGUUUGAAGACCGAUUUAAUUGCAAAUAUAUUUGCAAAAUUUGGAAACCAAUAA